AUGGGAAACCACAUUUCCUACGAGCGCACGCCACACGAGAUCGACUUGGGCAACCUAGGUCGCAUCCGUGGCCUACAGUUUGACAACAAAGCCCGUCGUUAUGCCCGCAUCCCCUAUGCUCUUCCUCCAAUCGGGCCGUAUCGCUGGCGGAAACCACGGCCUUUACCAUUAGACUACUCAUACAGCGGUCCAGAUGGGAUUCCAUUGGAUGCUACUAUGUUCGGUCCUGUUUGUCCGCAGGCCAGCUUUUCCAGCAGCGCCGAGAAAGCGCCUAGCCCCGACGUGUACAGUGAGGACUGUUUGCUUCUCAACAUCUGGACUCCGGUCACCAUGCCUCCGCCUGGAAAACGCUGGCCGGUGGAGCCGGGAAUGGAUGCCACGGAGCUUAUUUCCACGGCAGGGCUGCAGGCCAUCGUUGUCGGAAUUGGCUACCGAUUGAACAUCUUUGGCUUUUUGGCCGGAGAAACGCUUUUGGCCGCAAACGAGGAUGGGGAUGCUGGAGCUGGUAAUUUUGGCCUCUGGGACCAACGGAUCGCCUUGGAGUGGGUACAUGCGCACAUCCACCGAUUUGGCGGCGACCCAGACAACAUCACCCUUGGUGGUCGCAGCGCCGGUGCGUAUGGUGUACACGCACAGCUACUGUACCACUGUCAGCACGAUGCGAAUGAAGGACGGCUUUUUCGACGCAUAUAUAUGUACUCGAAUGCCAUCCCCGGGCAGCCCAAGACGCUGGCUGAGGCCCAGCCGCAGUUCGACGAGGUUUGCCGGUAUUUCAAGCUGGAUCCCACAUUGAGCCCACAGGAAAAGCUAGAGCAGCUGCGCCAGGUGGAUGCCGCUGACCUCUUGGCUGCAAUGGGCUUUUUGCAGCAUCAUACCUUCCGUCCCGUUACGGAUGGGGACUUCAUCCGGCCUGGCUUCAACGCAUACCACCGGAGCGGUGAGCUGGCCGCCCAGUUCCAUGCGCGCGACCUCCGCCUACUUAUCGGAGAAGUGUUGAACGAGGAAACUCUCUAUGCCACAUACAACAGCCCCGAGGCCAGUCUCGUAUCUCUGCGGAAUCAGCUGGCCAACUACUACGCCCCCCGCAUCGUUGAUCGUGUGCUGCCUCAUUAUUCUCUACCGGCUGCUGACAGCCCUGUAGCGGCCUGGAAAGCCUUGUUUGGCACUAUUGUAGCUGACGGCCAGGUGCGCGCUCCGUCGCGCUACCUGAUUCACUACUUGGCUACACAUGGUGUGCCCCUGACCCGGAUCUGGCGUUAUCAGAUUGCUUAUCGACUCUCCUUUAUCACCGAAAGGGUUGCACCGCUAUCUUUUGGCGUCGCACACGCCAUGGACAAACCAUUUUGGAAUUACUCUAUCAUGCACGACCCAACCGCCGCCGAACGCGAGCUUAUGAACGAAUGGAUCAAAAUCCUGGUGUCAUUUGUACAUGACGACAACACUUAUGAAUUUGGCACACAGUCCUUGGAUGAGUUCAAGGUGGCAACCCCUCAAGGAAUGGUCCAGGUGAAACGGGAUCCCCGCUGGCAGGAGCUUGUAAAGCUGGGAGAGGUUUUCUCGGAUGACGUGUAG